ACGACGUGUUUACGAGUGUCUCCGUGCCCGUGUGUGUCGUUUGGCAUGUGCGCGUGGUGUGUAGGGUGCGUAAUGGAGGCGACCUUCUCGACACCACGAAUCACGGAGUCGAUGUUCUCGACACCACGGACCAUGAGUCCCGAGACGCACAUUUACUUGGCAGAACCGUUUCAUCCUUGUGCGCGAUCCGUGCGGUAUUUUAACGGUGUAACUACGAUCUACGGAGCGACCGCAGAGGACUUCGACGAGGACCCCUGGAUGACCGUCGUCCCGUGCAUGGACGGGCAUAUUGACGGCAGUCGACGAUGGUUCUACAUGAAAAAUGUGUACGGUUCGAAGGGGAACGUCGUCGUCGGUGCCAAGGGGGCGGUUCUCGACAUGUGUCUGUUCGAGGGGCUCGGAGCGGGUGCUGCAAACACCCCGUUCUACAACGACCUCCGGCGGCAGGGCGGGUUUGUUUUGGGUCGAGAGUUCUUCGACUUGUUGGAGGACAAGGACAUCGCUCUCGACGUCCCUUGCGAAGUCGGUCCCGACCUGAAACUGAUAAUGCCUUUGCAACUGUGCGGGGGUUGUGAGUCGAGCGAGGCAGCGGGCGAGGGGGGGGAUCUGGGUUCCGACGAGGCUACACAUGUGCAGCGGGAGGAUGCCAGAGAUGUACAAGUUGCCAAUCUUCAAGCUCGCACCACUGGCCUUCAAAAACCAACUCCCGGGACCAAGGCACAACGUCUGAAGCCGGAGGAGUGGAAGGACGAGCUGGCGGGAGAACACUACUACUACGUGGUGUGCGGGCAGCAUAACGCGGUUGCAACCCGGUCGUUGCUCGGGAGCGAGGUGGCCAAGAAGUACAAUUUCGAGCGGUGGCCGGCGCGAAUGCUUUACUUUUCGGACGACGACUUCGAAGGGUAUUUUCUUGUUAGUUCACAGGACAACAAGAAGGACCUGAAGGCGCCUCCCAGACAAUGGAAACUGUCUAUGAAAGACAUUCGGUGGCAGUGGAAGCAUGACGGCUGCCCGAGAGCUGUGAUGGGGAACCCUAGCGGGAAACAAGAUCAGAUUCGGGCUUGGCGCAAAAAGGAGAAAGAGGAGGGCGAUUGGUUCGUGCAAGUGCCCGACCCGGACGCGCAUUGUUGGAAAGCAAUGGAAUCACUCACGGACAAUGAGAAGUGUCACGUUCUUAAGAAGGUGCUUGCUUGCAAGGUCGUUUGGGUCCAGGCCGGCUCCCCGUCGUUGGCGAAGUUGGGGAAGCUCAGCGUGCAAGACAUGGUGCAGCUGGUGAAGUGCGACCUUGUGCUAGUCCGGUUGUGGAAUUACUACCAAUUCAAACACGAGAAGAGGCCGGACGCGGAUUGGAUCCAAAGGUACCCUUUCCUGAAAUUGAGGUCUGCAGUGUUCAGGAAGUUUGAAAGUCAGGGAUUGGAUGACGAGUUGUGGGAUAACAGCAGGAAACACGUUUCCGACUUGGCGCUGUUCAAGGACUGCCCGCCGUACAUGGGUUGCGACCAGGAAAACUCGAUUGAGGUGACGGAGAAGUUGGCGGGCCACAAGAAGUUGUCCGUCGACUGGAAAAACAAGGUUCUCUCCGUGUUGAAUGGGAGCAGACUGAAGAGCCGGAAGGUCACCCUUGCCGAAGGCAUUGUUGACAUUAAAUGGAAAGACACGGAGGACGUGACAUCCAUCGCGCCGUUCGCUAAUGACCCUUUGGAGGUGGACAUCAGGGGCGCAGAGCUGAAGGAAGCAGUGAUUGCCACAAAGAGCCACACAUUCGUCCUCGAUCUGUGCGAGCCGGUUGACCUCAAACUGUGGAAGGCCCAAACGUGGGAGACUUUGGAUUCCUAUCUUCAGACGUGGUGUCCGUCGCAUUGGACUCUCGUUGUUUUCGUGCCGCGGCAGCACAACCUCACGUUUCUCGCCAGCAUGCACCAUCUUUCUUUCAUGAAGUUGUUGGAAGGGAAGUGGGUGAGGAGAGUUCAGCAAAAGAAAAGCUUCCCCGUUGGGAACAAUUUGUACACGGAGGAAGACCACAUGUACAUCCUCUUCAAGGGUGACGAUCUGCGCGCCAACACGUCUGUGGUCUACGAGGGAAACCUGCCCAGGGGUGCCGCUGCUGCGGUGCGAUUGCCUCAGAGGGUCACCCAGACGGAUGUGUCCGAGAUUCCUUUUGUGCCUUGCGAUUGGUCGCUGGUGGCGUCGGAACGACAGGGCAGUGUCUACGGGGAUAUGGAACGCAAUCCGAUACAAUUUGUCGGUCUUUUUUAUUUCCUUGGCAAGAAGGGAGAGGGUGUCGUGUUCCUUGGGAAACCGCACACGCGAAGCGUCUGGGAUCUUCUGAAGGCCGGCCGGCACGUUGUCACGAUGGAAGGGAACGCCGAGCUCUUGCAAUUCACGAUGCAGGUGGUGAAAAGCGAGGUCAAUUCGGGCGGACACAAUUGUGAGUUCAUGGUCGUGAAGCCAACACGGGAUAAGGUAUGGAGCAACAAGACGGAUAUGUGGUUCAAGUUGAGCGAGAGGAAGAGGAACAAGAUAUACGAUUUCUUGUUCCUUCAAAUGCGGCCGAGGAAGGACACUGACGCCGAGUACGUCCGUCGGAAGGACCACAUGUUGGCACUGCUCAACAACUACCACUUCGCCUCCCGCAUGAACGCGAAGACGUUUCUCGAUAGGCUGCAGUCGCUGUACUUCGUGGAGUCCGAGGAGCAGUUAAAGUUAGUCAGUUACGCUUCCCUGAUCUCCACUGAUGACGAGGAAGCCACAAGUGUGGAGUUUGACGCCAAUGCGAAGGAGGAGGAGAGCGACAAAGAGAGCAUUGACCUGCAAUACGACCCACCUCUCGCGGACCACGGCAGAGGGUCCUCGUCGGCCGGUCCGUCACCGAGCGCUGCAGCCCUCGUGUCACCGUCGGCCAAACCGCCGCCGGGUACCACGCCGAUGAAGUUGCUGGAGACACUCAAAGCUCUGGCCGUCCCCCCCCCACUUUGCGUCCCGGGGUCCAGCGACACGGAGACGACGAAGUCUGCCGAGAUCCGAACUUCUUCGGGCGGGGGGUGUCGGCCAGGGAUUGUCGUGCCGUUGAGAGGGGCAGCGUGCACGGAGACGGAAGGGCGGUCCUCGGGAUUCAACACGGGUACCGCGGAAGGGGAUGAGUUUCGUGGAAGGGAAGUAGGGGAGAAAAUGGAGGAACGGAGGGGAGCGCAAGAAGGGGAGGAAGAAGGGGAGGAAGAAGGGGAAGAAGAGGAGGAAGGGGAGGAAGCGGGAGAAACGGAGCUACUUGAUUUGCUUGAAGGAAGGGAGGGUGUCGGAUCUGGAGACGACGAAGUGGAGCACAGUGAGGACGAUGCCGGAUCUGGAGAGUCGUCUGACGAGUUCGGACAACUGUACGGAGAGCAUCACGAGGAUGAUGUCGACGACGAUGCCACGGCAAUAGAGAUGGAGACACAGGUCGUUAGCAGCCUUUCCGCAGAGCCUGAAGAUUAUGCGGUCCGACCACUUACGUCUGCUGUCGACACCGCUUCGACGAGGCUUCCGUCGUUAUCAGCCCGUCUAAAACAAGUCGGCGUAUAAGCAUCGACGAAGUUAUCGACGAUAUCCUCGGCGACCACAACUUGUCUGCCCAUCCGUCCACAAUGCUUGACGUCAAUGAAACUGGCAACGUCAC